GGGUACUUCAGCCACACACGCCGCGCGACGUCAUGUGGACGGCUUGGAAUCGGCGUGGAGCGGCAGCGGAGUAAGCACCGAGCAUUGGAUGAUGGCACAUAAACUGGGCAGGAGCUGUGCUGGUAGAAUGCAUCAUUCGGGACAGCAAAGAGGCUUCCCACCACAUGCAGGGGAAAGACUGGUAGAUUUGCAUGUGAAAGGCAUGGCCGUUGGAGUGUGGCACACCUUCCCGUUGCGGCCCGACGAGCGCUGUCAGUCAAGCCACCGCUAAGCUUCGCCCGUCUCGACCUCACCACAUCCACACACGACACCUCUGUUACCCUUCUCACACCACCUGCGCGGGCCCUCCAAUCUCAAUAGACCCGGCCCACUUGGGCAAUGGCCACGACCAUGCCAGCCCCACGCCGCGCUGCCUUCGCCGAGGAGGCAGCCGAGGUGGAGGUGCUGCACGCCAAUCUCGACAAGCUCAAGUCGCUCUCCCGGAAGAUCCAGGGCUCCAUGUCGCGCCUCGAAGUCAGUGGGCGCACGGUGCAAGAGGCCAUUGGCCCGGUGUAUGGGAACACACAGAAGCUGCAGACCAUGAACGCCAACGUCGACCGGCUGCUGGAGGCCAUCGAGAGGGCGCGAGAGCCCUUCGACAUGACAAAGUCCGAGGAGCGCAUCCUCAGGAGUCGCCCGGAGCGCGUCGGCCUGGCCGAAUACAUCUCCAGUAUGGACCGCACAAAUCAGGCGCUGCGGGAGCUCAAGAACUCCAACAUGCGCUCCAACCAGCAAGCAAUCUCCGAGCUGACCGGCUUACUGCAACUCGGCACCCAGAGUUUGGAGGAGGCCUUCAGGGAGACAUGCCGGCGGGAUUGCCAGCCCAUCGAACCGCUGGGUUUCAUUAUGAAGGGCGCUCAAUUUCCCCGUUUGCCUUCGAACAAGACCACCCAGCUUCGCACCAUCAACGCCCAGGUGUACAGCUACGCUUCGCAAGCAUCGCCCAAUGAGCUGUCUCCCACCGCCAAGGUCUACACGCACGAGCGGGGACAGUACAUGACUCUGUCCCUGCAAAACCUCGCAGCCGCUUCGCUCUCCACUGCGCGCAAGAUGGGAAGCGCAGACGCCAUCUACAAGAAGGGCAGCAACGGGGUUGGCACAUAUGCUCAUGGCAUCCUCGGCAUGUAUUUGGCCGAGUACGACAACGUCUGUCAGAUCUUCCAUCGCAAUGAAUGGCGGCCCGUGUUUGCUGCGACAUGUCAAGCGUCUCUGGCCGUCUUCUCGUCCACCUUACGAGACCUUGACAACCACGUCAAGUCGAACAUCGUGACCGACUGCUAUCUGGCGUAUGAAAUCGUCGACGUGGUCUCAAACACUUCUUUCGAACUCGAGAAUCGGACGGGAGAGCUGAAGCAGGCCAUGAUUGAGGCCCUUCGGCCGGUGCGAGAAACGGCAAAGACCUCGCUCUCCACCCUCCUCAAUGAGGUACGGUCUCGAAUCCAGCAAAUGCAAACUCUUCCUCAGGAUGGCAACACCGUGCCGAUCACGGCAGAAGUGAUGCAGCGGUUGCAAAUCAUGUCCACCUACCUCUCGCCCAUCAGCAGCAUCAUGCGCAGCCUGGGUGCUGGUGGCUGGUCGGCUCCAUCCUCAGGCACUUCGGCUGCAUCGAUCCCCACAUUGAAAUCUUUUGACGUUGGAGCGGACGGGAAACUGUUGUUUUCUGCCUACUGCACCGACACCAUGGAUACACUACUAUCCAAUCUGGAAUCGAGGAGCAAAGUGCUGUUGAAAGGCAAGAGCGUGCAAGGAGUCUUCCUCGCCAACAACGUGGCGGUGGUCGAUCGGAUGAUCAAGUCGUCCGAGCUCAGCUCUCUCCUCUACGACUACCAGCCCAAGAUCGACGGGUGGAAGAAGAAGGCGUCACAACUCUACACGGAUGCGUGGAAGGAGACAUCCAUCCACCUGCUCGAUGUGCAAUACACCAGCAAGCAGCCGCGCCCGCCUUCAACAGGGCAGGGAGUGGACUCGGCAGCGGUCGUGAAGUCGAUGUCCGGCAAAGACAAGGACGGCAUCAAGGAAAAGUUCCGCAACUUCAAUCUCAGCUUCGACGAGCUGGUGACGAAGCACAAGAGCUUCAAGAUGGAGGCGGAGGUGCGACGGCAGUUUGGCAAGGACGUGCAGACCUUCAUCGAGCCCCUGUACACGCGCUUCUGGGAGAGGUAUCAUGAGGUGGACAAGGGCAAGGGCAAGUACGUCAAGUAUGACAAGACUCAGCUGAGCAGUCUUCUGGCUUCGCUGUCGUGAACAAGGCAGCCAUGCAGCGCUUGUAGUCUUUUGGCGAGGAGUUGGGAGGGCAUAGCGUAUUGGGAAAGUUAUGAUAGCAGCUGUCUCUGUGUUAACACGGCGUAUGAAAGGCGCAAGAAGCGUCAGCUUUACGCGCGGACGCACGUGAGGGGGUGGAUCGAAGCUUUCCGUAAUGUUUGGUUCUCGCCC